AUGGCUAUAGUUAAUAUUCAAACAGUUAUAGUUUGUGGCUCAUCUAUUGAUAUUUAUUCAUCAUUUGAUCCAAAUCAAAUUGUUAUUUGUCCAUAUGUAUUAAUUGAAAAAGACAAAACACAAUUCAUGAAUAUGAGUAUAUCUUUUGAUAAUUAUGGUCAAAUAAUAAUAGAAUUAAAUCCUCGAAUAAUAUCUACACCAAAACUUUUGAUUAAACUUGAUAAUAAUUCAUUUAUUCUUGCACCAAGUAUUAAUCAAAAUUAUACAUAUUAUCUUUCAUUUUCAUCUGAACUUACAUGUAGAUAUUCAUUAUUAAAUAAUGAAACAAUUUGUUUUUAUUAUUCAAUAGCAACUAAUUUUAUUCAUAUAGAAUAUCAUUAUGAUAAAAUUAAAUAUGACAGUUUCAUAUUAUCAAGUAAAACUCAACAUCGUUUCUAUAUUAUUUUUAUUAUAAUUACUAUGAUUACUAUUAUAUGUGUUUUUGCAACAUAUAUCUUAUAUAAAAAUAGAUUUUCAUUUCGUCACACAGCUGAAUUAGAUGUUAUUAUUGACUCACAAGUGAUGAAACAAGAAGCAGCAACACAACCACCAGAGUUACCAAAAGAUAGUGCUAUUAAACAACCAAUGUUAGCUGAAGAUUUAAUUAUUAAAAAAACAUACGAAUUCAAUAAUAUAAAAUAG